AGGAAGUGGGGUAUGUCUGUGUUGGUCGGAACUUGACGGAGAAGAAGUUGCGGCUCGAUCGCCGAGCAGCUGACACGAACAUGGAACUUUGAUCAGAAAACACAGAUGAAGAAGAAGCUGCUCCUGACGUCAUCAUGGCUCUGAAGGCUGAGGUUCUGUACGACUUCACAGCUGAACCAGGAAACAACGAGCUGUCGGUCAGACGGGGAGAGACGGUCACUGUGCUCGACCAGACUGUUGGGGGUGGCUGGAUCGAAGCCCAGAACUCCAGCGGACAAACUGGACUGGUACCUGAGGGAUAUUUACAGGUUGGCAGAGGUGUUGGUGGUGGAGGAGGUGGAGACUCCUGGAUGGGGGGCGGGGCUCAUGUCAGUGACCCAACAGAAGGAUGGAACAGUCAGGGAUAUACACACACACCAGCAGCUGUCGAGGACGAUGACGGUGAGUGGGAUGACGACUGGGACGACCAAUCAGUGGGCGGUUAUCAUGGUGAUGAUCAGGCCGAUGAGGAGGGUGGAGCUUCAGGACAGAGCGUCCACGGUCCCUCCGUGAAGAUCUCCCUUAACAAGUUUCCAUUCUCCAAAGGUCCAAGCCCAGAAGUCUUCUUGCUCGCCAAACCUCCAGCUAACAGCAGAGACAGACUUCCUGUUUACAUGGGAGAGGUGGGUCCAGUCUGGCUGUACCCAUUGGCUCCACUGGAUUGUGUCAUUGCUGAUCCAAAGAAAGAAUCCAAACUGUAUGGACUGAAGAGCUUCAUCGAGUACCAGAUCACUCCCAACACGACCAACAGACCUGUCAAUCAUCGCUACAAACACUUUGAUUGGCUGUAUGAGCGUCUGCUGGAGAAGUUUGGCUCAGCUCUGCCUAUCCCCUCACUGCCCGACAAACAGGUGACAGGCCGGUUUGAGCAGGACUUCAUCAGGAUGAGAAUGGAGCAGCUGCAGGCUUGGAUGACUCGGAUGUGUCGUCACCCCGUCGUCUCUCAGAGCGAAGUCUUCCAGCUCUUCCUCACCUACAGAGACGAGAAGGAUUGGAAAGCAGGGAAGAGGAAGGCAGAGAAAGAUGAGACGGUGGGACCAAUGAUCUUCAGUCUCCUUGAACCUGAUGCUGCAGAGCUCGACACUGCUGAGGUUGAACAGAAGUGUGAACACUACAGUCGCUUCACUAAAUCAAUGGACGAUGGAGUCAGAGAGCUGCUGAAUGUUGGAAACACACACUGGAAACGCUGCACCGGACCGCUGCCUAAAGAGUACGAGCGCAUUGGUCGAGCCUUUAGGAACCUGUCGACUGUUUUCAUCACCAGCAGAUAUCCAGGAGAGGAGACGCUGACGGACGCGCUGACCGCUGCUGGACAGACCUACGAGGAGAUCGCAGAGAUAGUCGCACAGCAGCCUCAGAAAGACCUUCACUUCCUGUUGGAGACAAACAACGAGUACAAAGGCCUGCUGGGAUGUUUCCCAGAAAUCAUGGCAGUACACAAGGCUGCAGUCGACAAGGUGAAGGAAGCUGAUCGUCUGGUUUCUGCAGGAAAAAUCACCAACAAUGACAGAAAGUCCAUGAACCAACGAGUGAGCUGCAUGAGCUACUCACUGCAGGCUGAGAUGAAUCAUUUCCAUAGCAACCGUAUUUAUGACUACAACAGAGUGAUGCAGCUGUACCUGCAGCAACAGGUGACCUUCUACGAACAGAUCGCUGAUAAGCUGAGAGGAGCCCUGAGCCGCUUCGCCACACUGUGAGGGAGAGGAUGACAUCACUGAUGACAUCAUUGGUGACAUCACUGUUACAUUUCUAACAAAAUCAAAUGAUUUAAAGUUUGUUUGAUAUUAAUGAACCAGUAAUUAUUAAUGUUUGUUAUAAACUGAUGAUUUUACACAUUAAACUGAUUUAUUUUAUAUGUUGUUUCUGUAUAUGAUGUAAAAACAUGCCUCAUGUUAUAAACAUCUUGUUUUCACUGUAUGUUGCACAUUAGUCGUCUUUGUUUCAACACACUGUAAUAUUUUUAUAUUUGUAUCAUCUUCAGUGAUAUUUAAAACAUGAUUCUAUAUAA